ACAAAAAUAUUUCAAAACAAACACACAAACACACACACACAUAUAUAUAUAUAUAUUUCACUACAAAUUAUUACAUAUCCUUAGAUCACAAAUAUCCCUAAUAAGUCAAUUAAAUUAAAUGGCAUCAAUUUCAUCAUCUCCUUCCUUCAAUAAAAUCCUCCCUUCUGUCAAUGGUAAUCUCAUCACAAUACUAAGUAUCGACGGAGGUGGAAUUCGGGGUAUCAUCCCCGCCAAGAUCCUCGAAGCCCUUGAAUCCGAGCUUCAGAAAUUGGAUGGGCCGGAUGUUCGAAUAGCAGAUUACUUCGAUGUGGUGGCAGGGACGAGCACCGGCGGCCUUGUGGCGGCCAUGCUGACGGCGCCGGACGCCGACAACCGCCCCUUGUAUGAUGCUAAAGAUAUUGCACCGUUUUAUGUCAAGAAUGGACCUCAAAUAUUUCCAUACAAAGGGGGCUUGAUAGGAUCUGCUGAAAAUACGAUUACUCAGCUACGAGGGCCAAAAUACGAUGGAAAAUUCUUGCACAAAAUACUAAGGGAUAACUUAGGACAAACUCGGCUCAGUCAAGCUUUAACCAGUCUUGUCAUCCCAACUUUUGAUAUCAAGAAUAUGCAGCCCACUAUUUUCUCCUCCUACGAGAUAAAAAGCAUGGGUUACAUGGACGCCCUAUUAUCGGACAUAUGCAUUGCCACGUCAGCAGCCCCAACGUUCCUCCCUCCCCACCAGUUCACCAACGCCGACGCCGCCGGCAAGUCCUGGGACUUCAAUCUAAUCGACGGCGGCGUCGCCGCCAACAACCCGACAUUGGUGGCGAUACGAGAAGUGGUGAAACAAGUGUACAGAAACGACCCAGAUUUCUUCCCGAUUCAGCCGACGGACUACGGGAGGUAUCUGGUGAUAUCUCUGGGGACAGGCUCCGACAAGCAGGAGCAGAAGUACACGGCGGCGGCGGCGGCGAAGUGGGGGCUGUUCGGGUGGGUGAUCCAGGGCAACUCUACCCCAAUAUUGGAUGUCUUCAAUCAGGCCAGCAAAGACAUGGUCGAUUAUUUCCUGUCUGUCGUUUUCCAGGCCCUCCAUUCUCAGGACAACUAUCUUCGUAUUCAGUACGACGCGCUGUCGGGAGUGAACUCAUCGGUGGAUGUCUCGACGAAGGAGAAUCUUAAUGAUCUUGUGAGGAUCGGCGAAGAACUGCUAAAAGCUCCGGUGAGCAGAAUUAAUCUGCAAAAUGGAAAUUAUGAGCCCAUCGUCGAUGGCGGAACGAACCAGGAAGCUUUAAGGAAAUUUGCAGUUUUGCUGUCGGAUGAACAGAAGCUUCGGAGGUCGAAUUUGCAGGGAAGCUAACUGGAUUCGAUUAAUCGAUUAAAUAGAUUAUUCAUAUUGGGUGUUUAUUGAUUAAUCAUAUUGGAAAAUUAUUGAUCUUCAUUUGUUGAUUGGUAUGUUGAAGAUAGAUUGUGAGAUUAUAUACUAGUCAUUUGUGUGUAUAGAUAUUAUUGUCUGUUCAAUUUCUUGAUAGGAUAUUGUUGUAUUAUAUAAA